AUGAGCAAGUUUGAAGGAAUCGUAGACCUCAGCAAACUACAGAACAUCAACGAAGAUGUUCUGGGAGCGGCCUUGCGAGACCGCUUUCUCAGCGACACCAUUUACACGGCCAUCGGAUCUUCCGCUAUUGUCGCCGUCAAUCCUCACAAGUACGUGACAUGUAACUCGGAUGCUGUACUUGCAGGCUACGCUCAUGAGUACCGCGAUACGGCCCCGAGCAAGGUCCAGAACCCUCCCCAUAUCUUCCAACUCGCAAAUAAUGCAUACUACAAUAUGCGACGUACAAGCCAGGAUCAGUCUAUACUCUUUACCGGCGAGACCGGCAGCGGAAAAUCAGAGAAUCGUCGGCUCGCCCUCAAGAGUAUCAUAGAACUCAGCAGCAGCAACCCUGGCAAAAAGGGAGCUAAACUCGCAUCUCAGAUCCCCUCUGCCGAAUUUGUGCUCGAGUCGUUUGGCAACGCGCGCACCAUGUACAACCCGAAUGCUUCGCGUUUCGGAAAGUACACUGAGCUCCAAUUCUCAGAGCGUGGUAGGCUCUCCGGUGUCAAGACCCUCGAUUACUAUCUCGAAAAGAAUAGGGUGGCGGGUGUUCCCUCCGGUGAACGAAACUUUCACAUCUUCUACUACCUCCUUGCCGGCGCAAGCCAGGAAGAGCGACAGCAUCUUCAUCUCGUCGAUAAGGCAACCUACAAAUAUCUCGGCCCAUACCGGCGGCCACUUGACCGAGAUGACGAUGCCAACCGUUUCGAGCAGCUCAAGAUUGCGCUCAAGACGAUUGGGUUCUCUAAACGACAUGUUGCACAAACCUGUCAGCUUCUCGCUGCCAUCCUCCACCUUGGGAAUCUCGACUUUACCGUCGACAAGCACCGAAACGAAGAUGCUGCUGUGGUUCGGAACACGGACAUUCUUGAGAUUGUUGCAGAGUUCUUGGGUGUCCCUCCUGGUGACCUCGAGGCCGUCUUGUCGUACAAGACGAAGCUCGUGAAAAAGGAGCUAGAUGAUCUGGCCAAGACGCUUUACUCUCUUCUUUUCGCCUGGUUGAACGAGUCUAUCAACCAGAAGCUGUGCCGCGAUGAUUUCGCGACCUUUAUCGGACUCUUUGACCUGCCCGGAAGUCAAAAUCUUCCUCAGGGUGCGAUUCGUACCAACUCUCUAGAUCAAUUCUGUGUCAAUUUUGCCAACGAGAGGCUUCACAAUUGGAUCCAGAAGCGCAUUUUUGACCGCCAUACAGAGGAGUAUGCGGCGGAGGGAAUUCAGCAAUUCAGCCCUCAGAUUCAGUAUUUCGACAAUAGCGAAUGCGUCCGCAUGAUUACACACCAUACCGGUGGCCUCAUUCACAUCAUGGACGACCAAGCUCGUCGUGCUCCCAAAAAGACGGAGCACACCAUGCUCGAAGCGUUUGGCAAGCGAUGGGCCAACCACUCGUCCUUCAAGGCUGGAGGAACGGAUCGCACUGGUUUCCCUACAUUCACUAUCAACCAUUACAAUGGCGCUGUGACCUACUCGUCUGAAUCGUGGCUCGACAAAAACCACGAUGCCCUCAAUCCAGAUUUCGUGUCGCUCCUGCGCGGCUCGAACAUUGCGGCUGCAUCUGAGCAGCAAGGAAGUAAUAACCCUUUCAUCCAAGGGUUGUUCUCUGCUCAGGCUAUUGCCACUGAAGCGCACCCGAGGAACCAGGAGACGAUUGUUGCUGCCAAGCAACCAGUAAAGCCCAUGCGAGCACCGUCAACGAAGCGCAAACAGACCAUUCGUCGUGCAGGAACUCAGAAGCGCAAAGGUGACGGUGCUAUCGCCGAAGAGGAAGACGAGGACGCACCAAACGAGAUCAAGUGCGUCGCUGGAGAGUUCAAUACCUCCUUGACAUUGCUCUUGGAGACGUUGGACGAAACGGAAAGUUGGUUCGUCUUCUGUAUCAACCCCAACGACUCGCGCCUUCCGAAUCAGAUGGAGAAUCGCGGCGUCAAGGCUCAGAUCAGGAGCAUGGGUUUGAGCGAGGUUGCGAAGAAGAAUGCCGUCGUCUUAGAGGUCAACAUGUCCUUUGCCGAGUUCCGCGACCGAUACGGGGAUGUUCUUCGACAAGCCAACGCCAGUGGUUUGACUGACAAUCCGACCGCCGCUGAGGCAGCCCAAAUCGCUUCAGCAAUGGGCCUUGGAUCCAAGGAUAUCAUCGUGUUCUUGACGCACAAAGCGUUCCAUCGCUUCGAAGACCCUCUGAGAGCGAGCGAUGUGGAGGAACAGAAGCGCAACCGAAUGAGAGACGCCGAGGCAGAGGCUGGUAUGACCAUGACUGGCGAUACGUUUAGUCCAUAUCAGACUGGUCCACCCUCCGGUGAACCUACACCAUAUACUGCAGGUCCCUACGGCGAUCCGUUUGGGCAAAGUGGUAGCCAAGCGGCACUCCCCCUUGUCGCCCAUGCUCAGCCAUUCCAACGCGCCGACAUGUACGAGUAUGACGACCAUAAAUCCCUCCGAUCCGACGACUUUGACGCCCAAAGUCGUUUCACGAGUCAACGUGACGAUGUCGGAAGCAACUUUGGCACCGAGUCGUAUGCGCCGUCGAGAAACAUGUUCCAGAACGCCGACAGGCGCGUGGCGGCGAACAAGGAUCCACUCCCAGGGGAGAUUAUGGAGGGUGAAGUGUCUGAAGAAAUCAAGGACACGCCCGCACGGCGCAAGUGGGUCGCUCUUUGUUGGGCGCUCACCUGGUGGUUGCCCAACUUUGUAUUGCGAUGGGUUGGCAGGAUGAACCGGAUGGACGUUCGUCAAGCCUGGAGAGAAAAGCUUGCCAUCAACAUGAUCAUCUGGUUUAUUUGCGGUUGUGCUGUGUUCGUCAUUGCGGUCAUGGGCAACCUCAUCUGUCCAAGGGAGUACGUAUUCGACUCUGGAGAGGUCUCUGAUCACUCGUACCUCCACAACCCCAAGGCAACUUACAUCUCGAUUCGUGGAGAGGUCUUCGACCUGACCAAGAUUGCACAAGCCCAUUUCCGUACCGUGCCCGUCGUUCCCCAAAAGCUGGUGCUAAAAUACGGUGGUACCGAUGCGAGUGAACUGUUCCCGGUCCAAGUCAGUGCGCUCUGCCAGGGAAAGACGGGUAGCGUCAACCCCUAUGUGACACUCAACUCUGUCAACACGACGGACGACGCAAACAAUAUCUACCACGAUUUCCGAGCGUACCGAUCCACAGGCGACGGCGACUGGUACAACUACCGACCCGACUGGUACUUUGAGCAAAUGGUCGUCAUGCGGUAUCAUUACCGCCUCGGUUUUGUUGGAAUCUCACCGAGCGAUGUCCGAAACCGCGCGAACAAUGGCCGACUCAUUGCCAUCUAUCGCGGUCUAGUUUACGACUUGACCGAUUACGUGAAUGCGCCACCCAGCAUCAAGGUACCUGAUGGACAAGCCGAACCGGGUGGAAUCGAUAGGUUUUUCAUGCACGACGCCAUCGUCGAUGUCUUCAAGCAACAGGCUGGCAAGGAUGUUACCAAGCUCAUUGAUGGCCUGAGCAUUGACCCUCAGGUUCUCCAAUGGCAACGAACUUGCAUGCGUAAUCUCUUCACCAUCGGGAAAGCAGAUCGCCGACAAUCCGUCCAGUGUCAAUUCGCGACGUACAUCUUGUUGGUGCUCUCCUGCAUCAUGGUGUCCAUCAUUGGUUUCAAGUUCCUGGCUGCACUCCACUUCGGCUCGCCUCGUGCACCGGAAGACCACGACAAGUUUGUUAUCUGCCAGGUUCCUUGCUACACCGAAGGCGAGGACUCGUUACGGAGAACCAUCGACUCUCUAGCCAAGCUCAAGUAUGAUGACAAACGCAAGCUCCUCUUUAUUAUCUGUGACGGUAUGAUCGUCGGUUCCGGAAACGAUCGUCCAACGCCUCGAAUUGUGCUUGACAUCCUCGGCGCGGAUCCGAAUCUGGACCCAGAACCUCUGAGUUUCCACUCAUUGGGGGAAGGAGCGAAGCAGCAUAACAUGGGCAAAGUCUAUUCUGGUCUGUACGAGUGCGCUGGUCAUGUCGUACCGUACCUCGUCUUGGUUCACUUUGGAUCCCCGAUGAACCCGCUAGAGCUGGAAAUGUAUCAUCAAAUCAAGAAUGUCAUUGGUGUCAACCCCACAUUUUACGAGUACUGCUUUAUGGUGGAUGCAGAUACUGUGGUAGACCCACUGUCUCUCAAUCGUCUGGUUUCUGCAAUGAUGCACGACAAGAAGGUCCUUGGUGUCUGUGGAGAAACCUCGUUGGCCAACUCGAAACAAUCGAUCAUCACCAUGAUGCAAGUUUAUGAAUACUUCAUCUCACAUCACCUUGCCAAAGCCUUCGAAAGUCUGUUUGGCUCCGUCACUUGCUUGCCCGGUUGUUUCACCAUGUACCGCCUUCGAACCGCCGACACCCACAAGCCACUGUUCAUCUCAAAGCAGGUCAUUGAAGAUUAUUCGGAGAAUAGAGUCGACACCUUGCAUAUGAAGAAUCUGCUUCACUUGGGAGAAGAUCGUUACCUGACGACACUUCUUCUGAAGCAUUUCCCCAACUAUAAGACGCAGUUCGUUCGCGACGCCCACGCAUAUACGGUGGCUCCCGAUGAAUGGUCUGUGCUCUUAUCUCAGCGUCGUCGGUGGAUCAACUCGACAAUUCACAACCUUGCGGAGCUCGUCUUCUUGGACCGUCUUUGUGGAUUCUGCUGUUUCUCCAUGCGCUUCGUGGUAUUCAUCGACCUCCUUUCGACCCUCGUCCAGCCUGUCUCUGUGGCAUACCUUGGGUACCUUGUAUAUCUCGUCGCAGUGGAGCACAAGAUGAUUCCACAAUUAUCUUUGAUCAUGCUUGCCGCUAUCUACGGCUUCCAGGCACUCAUCUUCAUCUUCCGCCGCAAGUGGGACAUGAUCGGUUGGAUGAUCUUUUAUAUUCUUGCCAUCCCAGCCUUCUCUUUCUUCCUUCCUCUCUACUCCUUCUGGAAGAUGGAUGAUUUCUCGUGGGGUGCCACUCGUGUUGUCCUUGGGGAGAAGGGUAAAAAGUUGAUUGUUCACGAUGAGGGCAAGUUUGACCCUCGGUCAAUUCCCCUCAAGUCUUGGAAUGACUACGAGAACGAGCUUUGGGACAAGGAGAGCAAUCACAGCAUUGGUUCGUGGAUUCCACCCGAAAGGGAGUUCGGACACGCCGAAUCUCGUGGCCAGUCGCUUUACGGCGGAACCCAAUACGACAUGCCUCGUUCACGAUCAUUCUCACCAGCACCCUCUCUUGGUCUUAAUUCGGCCUUUGCACCACUGGCAUAUCCAGCAGGCUCUGGUGGGAACACUCCAGGUGAUCCACAUGGCUCAAGACCUGCGAGCCGCACGAUGCUUCAUGGCUCGGCAUCCCGACCUCCAACGGCCUAUCUUGACAUGCCGAUGCCACGAGCUGCAAGUCCGAUGAUGGGUGGCUUUGACUAUGAUCAAGCAGCUGCAUCACCGACGCAAGGACCAUCAGAUCACGAACUGGAGAACGCCGUUCGUGAACUGCUUCGAAACGCGGACCUCAACUCUGUCACGAAGCGUGCCGUCCGCCAAAAACUCGAAGAGCGCUUCGGCAUGGAUCUUAGUGCUCGCAAGACAACGAUCAAUUCGACGAUUGACCGGGUUCUGCUCAGUCAGAACUAG